AUGACUACAAACGAAGGUAUUCUUGUAUUGUCACUAGAAUUUGUGUUUUCCCCGGCCCAAGACGAUGACUACAAACGAAGGUAUUCUUGUAUUGUCACUAGAAAUCUGUGUUUUCCCCGGCCCAAGACUAUGACUACAAACGAAGGACAUGUUGACCUCGAUGACGUUUGGCGAGGACUUGGUAUCUUUGGAAAGUACCAGAGGACUCAGGCUGCCCUGCUACUACUGACACUACUACCGGAAGCGAUACAACUCGUGGUUGUUGUAUUUAUUGGAUUUCGUCCACCUUUCCACUGUGCCAAUGUCUCCCCCGAACAGGCUGCUUUGUAUACCGACAGGUACAGUAACACGUCUGUACAAUUGUCUUACCAUGAGUGUCAGAUCGAUUUGGUAAAAAAUGGCACAAACACGACGCUUCUCACACUCUCACCGUGUCCGGCCGGAUACACAUACGGGUUAGAGAAGGACCGGACAUUCGUGACAGAGUAUGACUUGGUGUGUGACGGGGCGGAGAGAGCUGAACUCUCCCAGACCUUACUGAUAGUUGGGCAGAUGAUAGGUGCGUGCGUCCUCCCUCAGUGUGCCGACAAGUUCGGAAGGAAGAAAAUCCUUGUCCUGUCCAAUAUCGGCUUACUGGUCGCAGGACUCGGAGGCUGUUUCCUUCCAACUUUCACUGGGUUUGCGAUAAUGAGAUUUCUCAUAGGAAUUUUCCAACAAGUGAGUUGUAUUUAUUAA